UAAACCACGUACACCACUGAGUAGACAGAGCGGUCUUGGCUGGAUGCUAGCUGGCUAGCUAACGGUCUGUCAAGUCGCACACAUUGGGUUAGGAGGGGAAGCGCAGUUGUGGAGAAGAAGGGAGACCCAAGCCCCGCUACGAAAUGGCCGGGCAACAGUUCCAGUACGACGACAGCGGCAACACCUUUUUCUAUUUUCUAACGUCCUUCGUCGGACUUAUUGUGAUCCCAGCCACAUAUUACAUCUGGCCCCGGGAUCAGAAUGCUGAACAACUACGUCUAAAGAGCCUGAGGAGGGUACAUGGCAGAUGUCUGUGGUACCGUCUCAGGUUAAUGAAGUCGCAGCAGAGUAUAGUCCCAACACUAAAGAAAGCAGCCUUGCUAUUUGGGUGGGCCGUGUUCCUGCUGCUUGCGUACAAGGUGUCCAAGCUGGACAGAGAGUACCAGGAGUACAAUCCUUAUGAGGUCCUCAACUUGGACCCGGGUGCAUCUCUGUCAGAAAUCAAGAAGCAGUACCGUCUGCUCUCUCUCAAGUUCCACCCUGACAAAGGUGGUGAUGAGGCCACAUUCAUGAGAAUUAGCAAAGCCCAUGCUGCCCUGACCAAUGAACAGUCGCGUCAGAACUGGGAAAUGUACGGUAACCCUGAUGGUCCAGGAGCUACCAGCUUUGGUAUUGCCCUGCCCGCCUGGAUUGUUGACCAGAAGAACUCAAUGCUGGUUCUAUUGGUGUAUGGGUUAGCAUUUAUGGUCAUCCUUCCUGUUGUUGUGGGCACAUGGUGGUACCGCUCCAUCCGCUACAGUGGAGACCAGAUCCUCAUCAAUACUACUCAGCUCUUCAUGCACUUUAUGUACAAGACGCCAAACAUGAACAUGAAGCGAUUGGGUAUGGUGUUGACAGCAGCAUUUGAGUUUGACCCCCGCAGCAAUAAAGAAGCCACCAUACGACCAACGGACAACAUUGAAGUGCCACAGUUGAUCCGAGAAUUAGGAAAUAUCAACGUAAAGAAGAAGGAGCCUCCAUUCUGUUAUCCUUACAGUUUAAAGGCCAGGGUCUUAGUGCUUGCUCACCUGGCUCGUAUGGAUAUAUCAGAGGAGUUGGAGGAAGAUCAGAGGUUUGUGGUGAGGAAGAGUCCGGCUCUCCUGCAGGAGAUGAUCAACGUUGGCUGUCAGCUCACAAUGAUGGCCAACAGUAGAGGAGGUUUCCAUGCUCCUCGACUUGUCACCAUAGAGAAUUGUAUGAAGCUGACCCAGAUGAUAGUGCAGGGUCUACAGGAGUCAAAAUCACCACUACUGCAGCUGCCCCACUUUGAGGAAGAGCACCUCCGCUACUGCAUCUCUAAGAAGUAUAAAGUUCGAAGCCUUCAGGAUCUGGUGAGUCUGAAGGACUCUGACAGACGCAGCAUGUUGCGUUUCCUCGGGGAAGAAAAGUACGAUGAGGUCAUGGCUGUGCUGAGCAGCUUCCCUCACAUCAACAUGGACACGAAACUGCAAGUCCUUGAUGAUGAAGACAGCAAUAACAUCACAGCAGGCUCUAUCGUCACAGUGACCGUCACCUUAACCAGAAAACGGAUGGCGGACAUGUUUGAAAAAGAACAUGAUUCAACACCAUGUACAGGAGAGGAGGCCGCCACUACAGAGGAAGCACAAGCAGAUGCUAAUAAAGCCAAAACCAAAGUGUGGCAGAACAAGGGCAAAGGGGCAAAGAAAACAGCCAAGUCAAAGAAGAAAAAGAUAACCAAGAAGAAGACAACUCCCGUGCCUGCCAAAUCCAAACAGGCCAACGGCAACGUGGCAGGAAAUGACAGCGUAGCAGCAACGCCAGCACCAGCAAAGGAGGAGGAGGAGGAUGCCUCAGACAAAGGCAGCGAGUCAGAAGAGGGCGAAACUAACAAGGACUCUCCCAGUGAAAGAGAUGAGGACAGUGACAAACAGAGCGACACAGAGGUGGAUGAGAUUGCUGGUGACGACGAGGAGGAGUGGGAAGCACUGCAGCAAAGCAUUCAGCGGCGAGAAAGGGCCCUGCUCGAGACCAAAUCAAAGGUGACGCACCCCGUCUACAGCCUUUACUUCCCCGAGGAGAAGCAGGAGUGGUGGUGGCUCUACAUCGCUGACCGCCGGGAUCAAACCCUCGUUUCUGUUCCCUACCAUGUCUGCACACUAAAAGACUCAGAGGAGGUAGAGCUGAAGUUUCCAGCUCCUUCCAAAACAGGGAACUACCAGUAUUCUGUCAUCCUUCGCUCUGAUUCCUUCCUGGGACUGGACCAGAUCAAACCACUGAAGUUGGAGGUCCACGAGGCCAAAGCCAUGCUGGACAACCACCCACAGUGGGAUAUCCCCGACACAGAGGAGGAGGACGAGGAGCAGGAGGACAGCGAUGGCAUCGAAGAGAGCGAGGACGAUGACGAGGACAACGACUGAGAGCGGGGAUCCAUCAACACAUGUGCUCGCGCACCAUUCACACAAACACACACACACACACUGUCACACACACAGCCAACCAUCCUUGACCCCACAACAGCACUCAGCAGUGAGAAUAAGGAGCAGCAAAGCCCUGCCUGCCACACAACUCACACUUACACACACACACACUGAAUUAUCGGGUCAAUCUACACACAGCCCUCCUCCCUCUUGUCUGUUUUACCCUGACAGUGACGCGGACUGAUGGACUGUGACCAUUUUGCUCUUUUCUACAGAGACUUGUUCUUUCACUUCCUGUCGCCGGCGGAAGAGAUUUCUGUGAAUACUUAUACCUGGCCCCCUGUGUGCGUGUUGGUGUGCGCAUGUGAGGGUGUGUUGUGUGCGUGUGCCGCGUGUUUGUUACCUCGUAUGUGUUUGUACAGGUAUGAAAGAUUGUCACACUGUGGACUGGAGGACCUAUAAUCUGGGCUUUUUGUCCCUGAGCGGGAGAAGGGGGGGGGGGACGUGCAACCUGCUAAUAACUCUGUGUGCAUAACUAACAAGAACACGCAACUUCUGUAAGCAAGUCCUGACUUCACUCUCGCACAACACAUGUUGUUGUUUUGUUUUUUUAACUCUCUUGGCACCAACAAUUUUCCACAUCAGUGACACUUUCUGUUGCACACUGAAAACUGCAGAAGUGUGAGCUUUAGCCCCCCCACACGUUAGGAAUCACAUCAAAGACUCAAACCCAUGUCAUGCUAGACGGCCAUUCACUUGUACGUGCUUGUACUCGCUAUAUGUUGAAGGAGGAUGUGUCUACAGAUAGAUGAAGUCAGCGCUGUUAAUGAUGCCCGACCUACGCCCACAUCAAACUGAAAGAAACAUUUUUUUUUUAAGUUUAAAGCAGGCGACUUGUGAAAUGAAUCAUAUGACAAAGCUUUCAGUGUUAGAGUUUCUUUCUUUCUUCACAUACGACAUGGAAGUUGUGUUGCCCGGGGGCUCAGAUACCGAUAUCCAUAUGUAUACAUACAUACUUGUGGUUUUUCCUCUUCAUCUUUUCCUCUUUUUUUUUUUUUCUAUCUCAAUUUUUUGCACAUUCCAGUGUAUAAUCCUUGUCCAAAAAGGCCUUUAUGGAUACAACUGAAAUACCACAACAUACAUAUGUUUGGGUGCUAUGCACCAGUGGUUCUUGGGAGAGCAUAAAUAAAUAGUUUUAUGUUUGAUUUAAAAAAAAAAAAAAAAAAGUAUAAAAAGAAGUUAAUAGUGUUUUUCCCUUUGUUUCCAUUUAAAAAUAAUCCUGAUAAUUAACCCAUGGCUCCACAGACUUGAUGCAUAUCACUGAUGCUACCAGGUCAAAGUCUCUCAUAAGAACAGCUUUGUAAAGAGUCCGCUUGUGGCUCUUUUAGGGAUUGGAGUACGACAUCCUUGACACACUAAUGUCAAACACUGAAUGAUGAAGUGUCAUGAACAAAAACAUGUUGGGGAAAAGCAACAUGUAUUGUUAGACGUGUCACUUCCUGUCCAGCAACUCUUCUCUCUGGUCAUUUAAACUGCUAUUUCAGUGGAGGAUUGUCUUUAGCGCUGGCUUGAAAUUCAGUUUUUUUUGUUGUCUUGUUUUCUUCCAUUGUAACCUUUUGAGUGGGGGGGGGGGGGAAAUUAGAGCUUCCUUGUACGGCUUUGUUGGCCGCCUCUGUAUGCCGACAUCUUAACAGUUCAGUUUUCAAAAGAUAACAGUUAACCCGGGAAUAUCCUUCCAUCAGUUUAUUAUUUCAGUAGCUAGGAUCAUAUUAGUGUGGGAGAGAUUGGUUUGAAUAUCUGUGGGCACACUCUCCCUACACAACACAUAAACGCACACACACACAGACAGACUGACACGCGCGCACUCUACCCUCCUGUUAUUCGUGCUCAAAGCAGGUGUAUGCUAACAGGUUAUAUUGUACUCUGAGUAUUUAUCGCUCUGCAAUAGAAUGUAGCAUCAGUGAUUUACGCUGUGUGGAACAAACAAACAAACAAACAAACAAACUGCAGUGAGGUUAAAUACAACACCAUCUCUCCCAUGACAGACCUUGUCCAGGCUCCUGGCCCCACAGGCCGUCUAAGUUUGGACAGACAACCCAAUGACUAUCGAUCGAUCUGCCACUUUUGUUUACAAAGGAACUGUCAUUGUAAAUGGAAAAAUAUAUUAUUUGUAUUUAAAAUCAUUUCAAAUAAAAACUUUUAAAAGAU